CUUCAUGUGUCGCUUUAGUUCAUUUCUCGAGGUUGGAAUUCUAAAUUGUCUGACUUUCGAGUAGAACCUGAACGCACCAUCACGCCAUUGGUCAGUUAUAAGUCGUGUAUCAAGCGGAAGAGACUUGUUUCAAAGUUGUUUUUCCUCUUGUAUGCUUAGAGACAUGAGCACUUGGUUGUCGGGCUGUUCUUCUCAAAGACUGACCGAAGCUGUGGGGAACCAUGAGUGGAAAAGCCAGAGAUAAAGUAGUGACAUCAGGAAGACUGACAGGGAAAGUUAAAGGAAGCCGAGCGCCUCCAGAUCCAGGACCUCCACCCUGGCCUCAGCCUGAUUACUCUUUGUACUCCACAGACUCUGAGGACAAGGUCACCAGUCUACACAGGGGUUUGGACCAGUGUGCUGCUUUGCUGAGUGGCAUUCUUCAGGCAGACGAGGCAGCAUCAACAGGUCUUCAGAAAACCUCUAAGAGAGUAACAACCAAACCAAGACCCUCCACUUUCCAAGGAAAGAAGACCCUUAAGAAAUUACCAACAAAACCAGCCUCCCCAGGGCUUUCCAGAACUAUGAAGGGUGGAGUGGCCAAAUCAAGAGCAUCCACCUCACAGGGAAAGAUGGUCGCCAGGAAAGUGCCCACAAAAGUUGGUGACCUUCACAGUUCAGAACGGCACCAACCAGCCAGUUUAGCAGCAGCAGCCCAAAAAUUCUCUCCUCCACCUGCACACACUGGAGUGAAGCUGCAUCCUCCUCAGAAACCAACUCUGCCUCUUCAGUCACCGUCUCUGUCUGCAAGUCAUCAAACAUUUCAUAACCUGUCCACCACUGUCCCUCCGUCACAGAGGUCCAACUCUGUGUUGCUGCACAAUCAGAACCACUCCCGUUCUGCUUCUGAAGCGCCACGUACGUCCUGUAGGGCAGCAUGUGAUGGAAAGGAUGAAUCGGUUCCUAUGAGAGAUACUGACCAUGAACAAAGCUGUACCCUGAAGGAGCCAUGUGUGCAGCUGGAGCCUGGACCGGACUCAUGGAGCAGGGAGGAGAGCUGUUGCAUGGGAGGAACCAGAGUAGAGACUGUUAAGAACCUGCUGGAGGAACUCAGAGCUCUGAUCGCUGGACAAGGCAACGUAGCAGAAAGGCUGCUUAGCCGUCUGGAGCAGACCCUUGGUGGUUCAGACGUUCAGACUGCAGCUGUCGGUCAGAACCCUCAGUUGUGCAGGUGUGUGAAAAAUCAGCAUGAGAAGGAGGAGGAACCUCAGAAACAGGAGAUACUUCUUUACUCAGAAGAACCAAGUCUACAAAAGGAGCUGGUCAUCGCUCAAUUUAGACUUCAGGAACUCCAGAAUGACCUCACAGAACUACGGAAAGCUCUUCAGGACACACAGAGCCAGCUGAGGGACACUGAGGCAGAGAAGGCACUCAUGAAGACAGAGUUGGUGGCUGCUAGAAACAGGCUGCUGGAAAGCGAGCGAGAGAAGAGCGAGCUAGCCUCGGUUGCUCAGCAACAACUGAAGGAAAUGGAAAACCUUAGAAGACGUCAGAGACACCAUCCAUCAGAUUACCAGGACACGGAGUGUUCAUUGUCCCUCACAAGGCAGUAUUUUGGCCUUCGGGAUCCAGCAGUAGCCUCCACUGACUGCAUCAAGGCGUACCUGAUGUCCCUGAGCCAGGUGGAGCCCACACACACUGAGACUGUGCGGGUGACUGCAGAACGAGACAAAAACACAUCUGAGCGGAGAGACGACGGAUCAUCACAUUAUCCCAUCAGACCUGAACAAGGCGACAAACCUGCUGAGACAUUAACUCGUCACCAAGAUCACCAUCCCAACCAGUCCAGCUCACGGGAUGUCCUGCCAUGUGGGCGGCAGCUGUUGAACUCCACAUCCCACUGUGACGUGGAAUCUGUGUCGUCCAGCUGGAGCAUGAAGUCCGAGUCAACUCUUAACACCAGAGAUGAAGCAGCAUUCAGAGACGGCCUAGCAGCUCUGGAUGCCAGCAUAGCCAGUCUGCAGAAAACCAUUCAACUGGAUCUGAAGAAAUGAUCCAACAUUAGCUUGACCCGACAGCCUCCAUGUUGUUACCAUCUGUACAGCCUAGAGUUUGACCUUUUUUACAAGCAGUGUAGUAAAAUGAAAAAAAUCAAAUAAAGCAUUUUUUGUACCUUA